CACAGUAUGGCCGGCGACAUUAGCUAGCGCUCGCUCAACUCUCUCUAACGGGAAAGCAGCGGACUACAAGAGACUGAACUGUAUCUGCCUCUAUUUCCAACAGACUCACGUUCAACUUUCGCUCACAAAAAUAGCCUGGAAAAUUUUAUUAGUCCUUUUUUUUAAAAAAAGUUAAUAUAAAAUUAUAGCAAAAAAAAAAAGGAACCUGAACUUUAGUAACACAGCUGGAACAAUCCGCAGCGGCGGCGGGAGCGGCGGGAGAAGAGAUUUAAUUUAGUUGAUUUUCUGUGGUUGUUGGUUGUUCGCUAGUCUCACGGUGAUGGAAGCUGCACAUUUUUUCGAAGGGACCGAGAAACUGCUGGAGGUCUGGUUCUCCAGGCAGCAGUCCGACGCCAGCCAGGGAUCUGGGGAUCUUCGCACCAUCCCAAGAUCUGAGUGGGAUGUCCUUUUGAAGGAUGUGCAAUGCUCAAUCAUAAGUGUGACAAAGACUGACAAGCAGGAAGCUUAUGUACUCAGUGAGAGUAGCAUGUUUGUCUCCAAGAGACGUUUCAUUUUGAAGACAUGUGGUACCACCCUCUUACUGAAAGCACUGGUUCCCCUGUUGAAGCUUGCUAGGGAUUACAGUGGGUUUGACUCAAUUCAAAGCUUCUUUUAUUCUCGUAAGAAUUUCAUGAAGCCUUCUCACCAAGGGUACCCACACCGGAAUUUCCAGGAAGAAAUCGAGUUUCUUAAUGCGAUUUUCCCAAAUGGAGCAGCAUAUUGUAUGGGACGUAUGAAUUCUGACUGUUGGUACUUGUAUACUUUGGAUUUCCCAGAGAGCCGAGUAAUCAGUCAGCCAGAUCAAACCCUGGAAAUUCUGAUGAGUGAGCUUGACCCAGCAGUUAUGGACCAGUUCUACAUGAAAGAUGGUGUUACUGCAAAGGAUGUCACUCGUGAGAGUGGAAUUCGUGACCUGAUACCAGGUUCUGUCAUUGAUGCCACACUGUUCAAUCCUUGUGGCUACUCGAUGAAUGGAAUGAAAUCGGAUGGAACAUAUUGGACUAUUCACAUCACUCCAGAACCAGAAUUCUCUUAUGUUAGCUUUGAAACAAACUUAAGUCAGACCUCCUAUGAUGACCUGAUCAGGAAGGUUGUGGAAGUCUUCAAGCCAGGAAAAUUUGUGACCACCUUGUUUGUUAAUCAGAGUUCUAAAUGUCGCACAGUGCUUUCUUCACCCCAGAAGAUUGAAGGUUUUAAACGUCUUGAUUGCCAGAGUGCUAUGUUCAAUGAUUACAAUUUUGUUUUUACCAGUUUUGCUAAGAAGCAGCAACAACAGCAGAGUUGAUUAAGAAAAAUGAAGAAGAAAAAACGCAAAAAGAGAAGACACACAGGAGGUGGUGGCUGCUUUCUAGAUUUUGAUACUGGGGGCUGUGUUCUCCAUGACCACCACCUUAUAGUUGCAGAAAGCCCUAGAUGUAAUGAUAGUGUAAUCAUUUUGAAGUGUAUGCAUUAUUCUAUCAAGGAGUUAGAUAUCUUGCAUGAAUGCUCUCUUCUGUGUUUAGGUGUUCUAUGCCACUCUUGCUGUGGAACUGAAGUGCAUGUAGAAAAGAACUUUGACUGUAUGAAUCUCUACAACGCUUGUGAAAAUGAUUCAAUUUGGUUUAUGCACAGUGUAAUAUUUCUGCAGGCAUCAUCCAAAAUCCCCCACAGACAAGGCUUUCGUCCUCAUUAGAUGCUGGCCUCAACUGAACAUCUGCGACUGUUCUAUUAAAUUGCUGCCAGAGUUUUUACAUCCAGUUACCUCCACUUUCUAGAGCAUAUUCUCUACUAAUGUUGUUCAAAACCAAUUUUUACUUCAUACAGGUGUUUUAUGCAAUGGCAAUUAAAGUUUUUCUUCCACAAGUUGA